CUUCAGCUGUCGCGCCCUCACCGUUAUCUACCAUUCAACCUCUCCAUUCGUCUACCUCGCUCCUAUUGAGGCGAUCGCAAACAUGGAGGCAUUCAACGACAUUUACCUGAAUCUUUCUAGGAAGUCCGGCGCAACUCGAUUCUCGGACUCUGGCUUUGGGUGGAAGCCCGCAAAUGGCGAAACAUACACGUGCGACCAGUCACAGAUCAUCCAGGCGCAGUGGAGUCGAGCUGCACGCGGCUACGAAGUGAAGAUUCUCUCACGAAACGACGGCGUGAUACAGCUCGAUGGAUUCAAACAGGAAGACUAUGAGCGAGUAGGAAAGGUUUUCAAGACAUGGUACGGCAUCAAUUUGGAUAAUCGCGAGCAUGCCCUACGCGGUUGGAAUUGGGGCAAGGCCGACUUUGGUAAGGCCGAACUCACCUUCAACGUCGCCAACCGCCCCGCCUUCGAGGUGCCCUAUACCGAAGUUUCGAACACGAAUUUGGCAGGAAAGAACGAAGUCGCUGUUGACUUUUCGCUUCCCGCUGACGGUGAUGCCGGCGCAAACGGAUCCCUGGGAGGAGCUCGAUUCAGAGGCAAGAAGUCUGCAGGAGCUCGAGACCAGCUGGUCGAGAUGCGCUUCUACAUACCCGGUGUGGCGUCCAAGAAGGAGAAAAAUGAAGACGGCGAGGAGGCCUCUGGAGCUGAGGAUGGCGAGGAGACGAAUGCUGCUAAUCUCUUCUACGAAACUCUGAUGGACAAGGCCGAGAUUGGCGAAGUGGCCGGUGACACAUUCGCCACUUUCCUAGACAUCUUGCACCUUACUCCUAGGGGUCGUUUCGAUAUCGACAUGUAUGAAAGCUCGUUCCGACUGCGCGGCAAGACCUACGACUACAAGAUCCAGUUUGACUCAGUCAAGAAAUUCAUGGUGUUGCCAAAACCCGACGACAUGCACACUCUCAUCACUAUUGGACUCGAUCCUCCUCUACGACAGGGCCAGACGCGUUAUCCAUUCCUGGUUAUGCAGUUCAAGCGCGACGAGGAAGUCAACCUAGACCUGAACAUGAAGGAAGAGCUUCUGGAGUCCAAGUACAAGGAUAAGUUACAGUCCCACUACGAAGCACCCAUCGCUGUAGUCGUAUCCGACAUAUUUCGAGGGCUGAGCGGGAAGCGCAUUUCCAGGCCGUCUCGCGACUUCAUCAGCCACCACGAGCAAUCCGGUGUGAAGUGUUCGAUCAAGGCCAAUGAAGGCCACCUCUUCUGUCUCGACAAAGCCUUCAUGUUCAUCCCUAAACCAGCAACCUACAUUAGCAUGGAUAAUAUCGCAUCGGUGACCAUGUCUCGUGUCGGUGGAGCCAUGGCGGCAAGUCGCACGUUUGAUAUUACCUUUACCAUGAAGGGUGGUAUGGCAGAGCAUCAGUUCUCCAACAUCAAUAGAGAGGAGCAACAGCCCCUCGAGAACUUCUUCCGCGCUAAAGGUAUCAAAACGAAGAAUGAAAUGGCGGAUGACUCCGGAGCGAUUCUUGCGGCUGCACUCGCAGACGAAGAUCUUGCAUCCAGUGAUGAUGGAGGUGUGGCAAAUCGCGGAAGCGCGGAUGAAGACGACGAGAGCGUUGAUGAAGACUUCCAUACAGAAUCGGAAUCUGAAGUCGGUGAAGAGUUUGAUUCGGAUCACCAGAGCAGUGGCGGUGAUAGCGAUGCUGAGAUGGAAGACGCGGAGAGCGAUGCCGCCGAGGCAGCCGUUCCAGAACGCCCCAAGAAGAAACAGAAGACGGACAAAUGAUAACCUUGCUCGCCACGUGUGACGGUGAGCAGGGG